AUCAAAUUAUUUGUAGUUUACUCUGCCCACACACACACACUCACACAGCCAGUGACUGGUACGAAAGCCAGGCUCCCUGCAACGCCAAUAGAAGCAACCGCUGACAUCGAAUCCGCAACCGGAACCGAAACCAAAACCGCCACCGCAACAUCCACAGUCCAAGCUACAACACGACGUCGGCUGUUCAAGCCAAACAUUGUGAGUAGAGUCCGUGAACUGGAUAUGCUGGAGGAACUGGAGAACGACUAUCUACCGGGCACGCCCGUCUACAAGCGCCUGCAAGAGGUGAAGAAGGACAUGGGGAUUGGGAUGAACACCCAAGUAACGGCCAAGGCCAGCCCCAUUCUGAAGCUGUUGGCACCACAAACCGCACCCCCUAAAGCGAUCUCCAGGAAAUUAAAAGAGCUACCAAAGAGGAUCGAGGGCAAAUGCAGUUUCCUAAAAUCGCCGGAGGGAGAGGUCAGCCGCGAGUGCAGCGACAAGGAGGCCCUCUUCUAUCGGGAGAACUCUGCCAAGAACAAGGAACAGCUGGCCGAGCGACUCUAUAAGAUGUUCAAUGCGGACGUGUUCAACAAUGAGCUGGACGUGACAAUCACAUGGUCGAAGCGGCUGCGCAACACGGCUGGAUGAUGCCUGAAUAAGAGAAAGUUCCUCGCCAAACGCAUCAGCACGAUCGAGCUCAGCGAAGAGGUGCUGUCCACAGCUGACAGACUCCGAUGUACGCUCAUCCACGAGCUGUGCCAUACCGCCACCUGGGUGCUCAACAACGAGGGUGGACACGGCCGUUUGUGGAAGAACUGGGCCCUUUGCGCCAACAAAAAGUAUCCAGAGCUGCCCGCCAUCACUGUCUGCCACAGCUACAGCAUUGAUUAUAAGUACACGCACAAAUGUGAGAGCUGCAAUCUUGACUCUCACUCCAGAUCUCGCAAGGUGAAGAAUCUCCGCUGUCGCAUAUGUCGCGGCCCCGUCGUUCUGCUGCUAAACAAAAAGGACAAGUUUGGCAAUACCGAGUCGAAGCCGGCGGGCGAGGCCAAGGGCUUUGCUAAGUUUGUAAAGGAUAAGUUUAAGAAGUACAAGCAGGCCAAUGUACCACAUAAGGCGGUCAUGAGCCUUUUGAGUGCGGCAUAUGCCAAGCAGAAGGGCGGUGAGCAUAAAAAGGAUAACGAGAAUGUGGCGUCAAUCGCCACACUGACAUUAGAUGAUUAGAUGAUUAGUUCCUUAACCUAAUCUAGCAGGAGACUAGAGGAGGAGUUGAGUAGGCUCUCGUUGUUCAUCAGUCAUCGGUCCGUGGUUGACUUCCGGCUAAGCAGGAGGAGCGGCACGCUGAGCUUUAUUUGGCGUAAGCACCAUAAUUAAAAUAAG